AUGGCGUUUCUGUUCAAAUCGAAGAAGAACCAGCAGAGUCAGCAGCCGGCUGCACUCCCCCCGGCGACUAGAAAUGUCCACACCUCCGAGGGAACUCCAUCCACUGGAUCUAUAAUGGCGAAUGGGGUCAAGGGGGAUGGCACGACUUCCCAGACGCCAACCCCAAGCGGUAGCUUCAGCAACUCUCUGCACUCGGCCACAAGCCCAGCAAGUCCCGACGCAGUACGGCCGCGGCAGAGAGCGGAAUCGGAAUCUCAGAUGCAAAGACCCCAGCAACCACCUAACGGGAUUCCCCCUCCAAGUCCAAAUUCAUCCCUUUACCCAUGGUCGCAACGCCGUUUGAACUUCUCUUCACCCCAGACGAACCCGUUUCCUCGCUAUGGAGCAGCAAUCAAUUCGGUGGCAUCCAAGGAAGGAGACAUAUAUAUGAUGGGAGGCCUGAUCGAUGGAUCAACCGUCAAGGGUGAUCUAUGGAUGAUUGAAAGCAGUGGCGGCGGCUUGAACUGUCUCCAGGUUGCGACAGUAUCCGAAGGCCCCGGCCCCCGAGUCGGUCAUGCUAGUUUGCUCGUGGGGAAUGCGUUCAUCGUGUUUGGUGGUGAUACCAAAAUCGACGAGAAUGACUCACUGGACGACACUCUAUAUCUUUUGAACACAUCUUCCCGCCAAUGGUCCCGCGCUAUCCCUCCCGGCUCUCGACCUUCCGGGCGUUACGGCCACACAUUGAACAUUCUAGGCUCUAAACUUUACGUCUUCGGCGGCCAAGUGGAGGGCUUCUUCUUCAAUGAUUUGAUUGCUUUCGACUUGAACCAGCUUCAAAAUCCGGCAAAUAAAUGGGAGGUUCUGAUCCAGAACAGUCACGAAGGUGGGCCUCCACCAGGCCAAAUUCCGCCAGCAAGAACAAACCACACGAUUGUCAGCUUCAACGAGAAGCUAUUCCUAUUUGGAGGUACGAACGGAGUGCAGUGGUUCAAUGAUGUUUGGUCUUAUGAUCACAUUACCAACAUCUGGACCGAAAUUGAUUGCGUUGGUUUUAUCCCGGCUCCUAGGGAAGGCCAUGCCUCUGCUUUGGUCAACGAUGUGAUGUACGUGUUCGGAGGUCGCACGGAUGAAGGAGUGGACUUGGGAGACCUGUCAGCUUUCCGCAUUUCGACUCGACGUUGGUACUCCUUCCAAAACAUGGGCCCUGCGCCUUCCCCGCGAUCUGGUCACAGCAUGACCGCUUUUGGUAAGCAGAUCAUUGUGAUGGCGGGUGAACCGAGCUCGGCCCCUAGGGACCCCGCGGAGCUUAGCAUGUCCUAUAUCCUUGAUACUAGCAAGAUCCGGUACCCCAAUGAUUCGCAACCCGGAGGACGCCUUCCGGACCCAGCGACCAGAAAGACAAGUAUUGAUAAACCGGGUAUCUCGUCUGGGCGCUCAUCUCGGGAGGCACAGAAUGCCGGCCCGGAACAGCAAAUGCGACGGGGCCCAACGCCAUCGCGUGAGAGCAUGAUACAGGGCACGGCUGCUAAUAGACCAGGGGAGUUCGGCCCUAAUCCAAAUUUGGGACCUGGGUCUAGACUGCCACGGGCAUCAAUUGCUCAAGCUCCUGCUGGUCCACCGCCUCCUGGACAAGCACCGUCUCCUGGCCCUCGUGGCAAUGGCCCUCCAGCUGGUGCGAACCCUCGUAGCAAAACCCCGACCAAGAAUGAUCGCGGGUACACACCAACUGCUGAUAGUCGCGUAGCGAACGACGAGCGUGGCGAGGAAUCACCAAUCAUGAAGGAAGGCCCACAGGAUUCCCAGGGACCUCCAUCAGCUGGUCGCCGAACUCCAACACAGCACCAAAAGCCAUCAGCCAAGGCUAUGGAAGCCGGCGAGGCAGCCCCGUUGAUCAGCGCCCCAGGCCGACAACGGUCGCUCCGUUCUCACCGACAGCGCGGGUCCGUUGACAGUGGGGAGGAAUCGAUCCUCGGUCGGCAGGCUAGCAUCGAGGGCUCAAUGGAAUCUCGAAGCUUCCGCAACUCCAAGACUCUUGGUGAUGAGCCACGGUCUCCUCGACUUACACCCCACCAAGAGGCGUUGAUAAAGGAGCUGGAGGUUACCAAGGCCCGAAAUGCCUGGUAUGCCUCAGAACUCGCACUCGCAAGAAAAUGUGGCUACGUUCCCAAUGCAACCAGUAGCCCCGCGCUAGACGACCGGGCCAAUGAGGCCCUGAGCGAUGAGGAUCGUCCGCUGGUUGAAGCCUUCUUGGCUAUGAGGGCAGACCUCAGCAAGAUGCAGGCCACUGUGGAUCGACAGGCUGCCAUCGCGUCUAAACGGGUUGCUGAAGUGGAACAUCAACGCGAUAUGGCUAUCAAUGAAGCCGCAUAUUCCCGGGCCAAGCUCGCUGCCCAUGGUGGUAGUCAACGGGGAACCCCUCAGCCCGAUGCUCCUCGGGAUGGAGAUGAUGAGCGACCUACCGACAUGGGACGUCGUCUUGCCCUCGCCUUAGCCUCCCCUACCACCGAGCUUUUGCAGGAGCGUCAAGCCAAGGAACUUGCCGAAGAGACAAACGAGGCAACCCGGAAACACCUGGCAGAGCUUGAAAUGCAAAGUAAUACUCUAGAAGCAGAAAACUUGCGCGCUGAGCUUCAUCGAGCAGAGGCUCUCUCUAGAGAAGAGGCCUUCCUGCGUGCAGAAGCAGAAGCCUCUCUUCAACAACUCACCCUAGACAAAGAAGAAUUGCUGGCACAGAUUGAGGAUUCCUCGACCCGUCUAAAGGACUUUGAUUCUAGCUUUGGUGGUCUUCGAGAGGCCGUUUCUGCCUCAGCCGCAAAGACAGCUCUCGUUGAGAAGCAAUUCCAAGAGGAGCGGGAGCGCCGCGAGGGUCUGGAGAGAAAGCUUCUCCAGCUCCGAUCGGAGCACGAAGAACGUACUACUGAACUGGAAAACAUUACUCGUCGCCUCCGAGAUGCAGAGGAGUUGGCAGAAAUCCACGCCAAGGAAGCGGAAACCCACAAGAUUGCCUUCGUAUCUGGGCUCGAACGCGCAUCUUCUACAGACUUGGAUAAUCCGUUCCGGUCUCGUGCUGACCAGAGAGUCGCCGCUUUGGAGGCCCAGAUCGAGCGGUCCACCACUCUAGCUAAGGCAAACCAGGCAGCCGCCAACGCAGCCUCGGACAAACUCCGGCGUGCAGAGGAACGCAUUGCUGGCCUUGAAGCAUACCAGGAGCAGGCUAGCCGUGAAGGCUUGCAAUUGCGCCGACAACUUCAGACUGCCAUGAAGGAAAGCCAAUCGGCCGCCACAAAUAACCGGGACUUGAAGACACAGCUUGAGUCUCACCAGCGAGAGGCUGGAGCUUUGGCGGUUCAGCACGCCGCUUUGAAGGAUCUUCUUGGUGAGCGUGGCAUGAACAGCGACGCCAGACGGUCCCCUCGGCUUGAAUCCCCCGGGUCACGAUUCGGCACUCCGGAACAAAGCCGACUACGCGAGCUUGAGCAACAACUCUCGGCUAGCAUCAAGGCUCAUGACGACCUGAAGAACGGCUUCGAAAGUCGCGAGCAGGAAGCCGACCGAGCUUUCCGAGAGAAACUUGAGCAGCUUGAGAAUGAUUACCAGUCAGCAGUUCAUUACGUGAAAGGUACUGAGAAGAUGUUGAAGCGGAUGAAGGAUGAGCUGAGUCGGUAUAAGACUCAAAAUGCUAAAAUGCAAUCUGAAUUGGAUGUGGCUCAGAAGAGCCUCGAGAAUUCAGACAGCCAGACAUCUUCUUCGGCUGAGUGGGACGCGGAACGGUCCCGUCUCGAGCUGUCGAUGUCCGAACUUCAAAGUCGAACUUCAUCAUCUAUCAGCAGUCUUGAGAGCCAGAUCACGCAGCUCAAGCAGGAUCUCGAUCAGGCUACGACUGAGAAGGAGUUGUCGCGAAGUGAACACGAACGUCUUAAGCAAGAGCUACUCACAGCUGCCGAGAAAAGUCGUUCUGAGCUGGAACAGCUCAAGCAAGAAAAUACCCACCUUGAAACUCGUGCUUCGGAUGCAGAGCGUAAGGUCAACAUGCUUCUCGAGCAGGUUCAAACAUCAGUCGGUCAUUAUCGCCGUCAAUCUCACCUUGUGCAAGGUUCCAAUGGAAUCUCGCGCACACACAGCAACGCCUCUAGCAACACAAUCAGCCGAGGCAAUGGGCGGGCACGAGCUGAUAGCAAUGUCUCGCAGGACUCCACGUUCCCUGAUAAUCGUGGUUCUAUGGCUCUGGACUCACUUGCCAACGAGUUGGAUGCUUUGCGUACUCACUGGGAGAGCACCAACCGCAAUUACCGUCUGAGCAGCCAGCUGGAUCUGGAUCGGACUCCCACCAAGGAUGCUAGUGAGGGACCCGCACUGAUGAGUGACAGCUUGGCAGAAUGGAGGAGGAGACUGGACGAUGAUGACAGGGCUGGGUUUGAUGUGCAAACCAAGCCAUUGAGCACUGGAGCUGCACACCCCGAACACUCCAACGUGAUCUAG